AUGGCCAAACCAGUCCACAGAAAUGGAAGUCUCCUUGCAGUGUCCUUGCAGGGGUUCAUGCUGGUUGGUUUUGGGGGAGGUGCAGAGACCCAGGCCCUGCUAUUUGCUGUCUUCUUGCCUCUGUACAUGUUGACCGUCCUGGGCAACCUCACCAUGAUUAUGGUCAUCACGCUGGAUGCCUGCCUGCACUCCCCCAUGUACUUCUUCCUCAAGAACCUGUCCUUUGUCGACCUCUGCCUCUCUUCUGUGAUUGUGCCCAAUGCUCUUGCCAACAUUUUCUCCUCUUCCAAGGUCAUCAGCUUUGAGGGAUGUGCCACUCAGUUCUUCUUUUUCUCUUUCUUGGCUGCCACUGAAGCUGUCCUCUUAGCUGUGAUGGCCUAUGACCGUUUCAUGGCCAUCUGUAGUCCUUUAAGAUACUCUGUGAACUUGAGUCCUACAACCUGUGCCCAUCUGGUUCUGGGUACCUUCUGCGUUGGCUGCUUGAGUGCCAUUGUCCAGACCAGCCUCACCUUCCAGCUGCCCUUCUGCAGCUCCAACCACAUCGAUUUCUUCUUCUGUGAUGUGCCCCCACUGAUCAAGCUUGCUUGUGCAGACACAACUCUCAAUGAACUUGUCAUGUUUGGUAUCUCUGGGUUCAUCAUUCUGUGUGCUGUUCUUGUGAUCGUCAUCUCUUAUGGCUACAUCACAGUGACCAUCUUCAGGAUGCAGUCAGGGUCAGGAUGGCACAAGGUCUUCUCUACGUGUGGCUCCCACAUGACAGCUGUAUCCUUGUUUUAUGGAGCUGGUUUUGCUAUAUAUGGACAGCCAGGAGGUAUGGAAUCCAUGGAGCAGGGCAAGUUGGUCUCCAUCAUCUACACCCUGGUGAUCCCCAUGUUCAACCCCCUCAUCUACAGUCUGCGCAACAAGGAUGUAAAGGAUGCCCUGAGGAGGCUGGGUCAGAGACACAGUCUGGUGAAGAAGAGUGGCUGGUGUCAUCAUCGGGGACUAUGCUAG